AUGAUUGAUGAAAGUUCAGGCCAUCUAUUAGAACCAGAUGAUUAUUUGGAUGGCCCAUAUGAAUACAAUCCUAUUGAGAAUGAAUAUGGAUCAAGUAGAUUCUACAAUUCAAGAAAAUGUGUUACUUCAUUAGACAGUCUUACAUACGAAGAGGCAAUGACAAAAUACGGAGAAACACUUGUUGUAGUAGCAAGUAUUGAAGAUAGGUGGCAUGCUUUAGCACCACACAUGCCUAUAACAUAUUUGUAUCAAAUGAUGCCUAUCAAUUAUUGCUUGUUGGAAUUGAUUGGCAAGUCUAGAGAAAAUGGGCAAAUGUCUGUAGGCAAGACAAAUUUACAUAAAAUUAUAAAAGACUCCAAGACAUUAUUCUAUAACAGAAAACAUUUGAAGGAUUUAGAUCUAGUUAAUUUGCAAAAUAUAACACAAGUUAUCAAAGGCAAAGGUAUUAAGUGUUUACUUAUAAGAUUAAAAAGGUUCCAUAAACCUGAAGUGCUAAGUAUGCCCAAAGUGGGUAUGGUGCAUAAUGUCCUUCAACACUUACUUAAAGCGCCAAAUUACAGUGAAAGAACAGAACUACUAGUAAAGAAAGGAAUUUUAACACAGAAGCAAAAUAGAAGAUUGCAGAAAACUGUCAACAUUUUCAGCUUUGAAGACAGAUUAGUACAAGUUCCAGAUAUAUGUGGGAGUGGGAAAAGCAAAAAACCAAAACUUACUCAGAAAAGAAGAUACAUUUGCCUUUCAUCCAAGAGCGAUGAAUCUGGCGCUUCUGAUGAGGAAUCGAAUGAACAAGUUUUAUCAUGUCAGUACAAAGUAGGCAUCAACAUAAUGAGACAAGCAUAUGAACAGUUCUUAGAUGCUGGACUCCAAGGUCUCACUCAAGUUCAGCUUUCACAUCUACUUGGUAUCGAAUUCUACACGGCACGCGCAAUCUGCAGAAUAUUUAGAGUUCGGAAUAUUGUUAGGGAGUAUCUUGAGGAUAAAGGCAAACAGAGAACUGCAAGAUUCAUUGCAGUUGUAGCCACAGAAAAAAUGGACAAAAAAUAUGAAGAACAACGAAAUAAGUUCUUAGAACAUUUAGAGCAAUGCAAAUCUGAAGCUUCGCAAUCUGAAAUUAUACAACCUUCAACAAGUGAUGAGGAAGUGCCACUAAAGAGAAUAAAACUCGAAAAAGAAAAUAUGGACACUAAUGACGCCGAUGUAGAUAUGGAUCCAACAAAUGAAAUCACUGAAAUCAAAGUAUUAGAUGGCUUUGAGAACUCCAAAUCUCUUGGCUGUUUUAAAAAGAACCCAACACUAAGACAGUUGAAAUUUGCAAAUGGCAUUCUUAAAGUUCUCAAAGAAAAGCUUUGUAUAUCCAGUUACAUGACAUUGAGCAAUUUGGCUUCUAAAGAAGUCAAUGAACCACCGAUGGAUACCAAGUCUCUUAAAUCUUUUAUACAAAAGCUGGUUACUGAUGGGCACAUAAAAUUGUAUAAAAUCAAAUGGCCUGGCCUCCAAAGAUAUUCAGUGUUAAUCUGUGCCCAUAAUAUCAAAAUUUCAGAUCCAAUAAUACAUGCUAAAUAUAAAGAAGUUUGUAUGAGAGCAGUCAUUAAUAAAAAAGUAAAUCCAAAAAGAGAGUUACUUGAAAAUGCAGAGCAUGCAGCUAAAGUAAGGAGGUCCUAUCCGCGAUAUAUGAAAAUUCAAAAACUGCAUGAGUUUAUCAUGAAUGUUUCUUACUUUGACUAUGUUAAACCUGAAUCACACACUUUACCGCAAGGUUUUGUAUGUGUGGUUGAUUUAUUCCCAGAGGCUACAGUUGAAUUCUUAAUAAAUAACCUCUGUGCAUCAGCAGCCAUUGAAAUAUACCAACUAAUAAGUGAUAACCAGUUACAGCUAAAACUUAAAGAUACACCAUCAAAUAUAUAUAAUAUACUUAUGAAAUCAAAAAUGAUACAAAAUUCAAUAAGGUUGAAUUUGAAAGUUUUGGCAAUGUUGGGUCUAAUACAACUAGUGAGCUGCGAAACUGCUGUGACAAAUACUGCUGGUGUCAGCAAUUACUCAAGUUUCUUAUUUUACGUCAAUCGUCAUGCAAAAAUAUUGGAUACUUCAGGCACUUGGCCCAGAAACAAACAAGACGUCAAAGAAUUAUCAUUCUAUGUCGGAACACCCGAGGGUUUGUCUAAGUACUGGUCCGAAGUGUUUAACAUCAGUACAGCUACUGAAAUAAUCCUUCCGGGACGGGGAAGAAAACCUUUACUACCACCAUUACGAUCAGCUUCCGAUGUUGAGAAAUAUGACACGGGGGAAAGAUUUGGUGACGGCUUAGGGCCGUGCGGCUUCGAUUCGUGCUUUUACAUGGAAAUACCAAGGUUGUGGCAGACAUUCUACACGAGGAUAAAUAGAAAAAUAAUUAAGAAAAAGACCAAAACACCUAAGUUAGAAGCAGUAAAGAAAACCAAGAUCAAGCCAAAAGUAAAACCUUCUAAGAAGGGUAUUGUAGAAAGAACUUCCGCACCCGUGAAACGACGAAGAAGCGACGCUACUGUAAAAUGGACUAAGAAAGAAGAUCUUAUCAUAACCAUCUGUAAAGCUGCUAUAACAAUUAUGAGCCCAAAUUCACAACCUGGAAGCCUUAUAGUCAGAAAUAUCGUAGCAAAAGAUUUGCUCUCUAUCAAUGAUCCAAGAAAAACAAAAGGGAUCUGUCAUAGUAGAGCCGCAACCAUCGAUACUAAUAUUAGUUUCAUUCAUGAAAAACAAUGCAUCAUCAACGAAAUGAGGCGGAGACGUAAUUUAGUUCAAAGGUAUGAGGGCCUCUUGAAAAAACUUAGGCUCAAAUACUCGACCAAUAUGACAAAAUUUAUUAAUAAGGCCAGGAUACCUAUGUUGGAGUUGAUAUGGAUCAUAUUUCAAAUUAUGCAAAGUAAAUCUUACAUCCAGAGAAUGCCAUGUGUGGCCUUAAACCUUGAAGAUUUUCAUAAACAUUUCAAUAUAACUACAUCAACUGCAAACAAACUGUGUAAUAUGUAUAAAAUAUCAGAGAAUUCGCCUUUGAAAGAAGCAAUUGUACUAAGUAUAAUGCAAACUUUAGAUAGUGAGCUUGACACUGAAACAGCAAAUAGAAUUUAUACGACAUUUAAGGAUUACCCUGAGAGCGCUUUACGAAUCGCUGUAGAACAAUUACGUAAAUGUUCUGCAAUCGCAGCAAAAGAAAAACUCUUCAACAAUCAAAUCCGCAAACUCGAUUUAGAAGAUAUAGCACAGUCUUCUUACAAAAUAUCCGUGUUCUACAAACGGAGAUGGAUAUGCAGACUAAACUCGGACUUUGCGGAUAAAUUGGCUGAUGUGUUGGAAACAGUGAAAUCUGAAAAGGAAAUAAAAGGGUCGGCGGAACUAAACUGUGCCGUUUGCGAAUUAGGAGCUUGUGGUAUAAUGGAAAUAGAAUCUACCACAGUGCCCGUUAUAACCGAUGCAAAUGGUAUUCCUAUCACGCCGGGAGAGAUAAGUGCACUGACAAUAGAUACCAAAUAUCACCUAAAGACAGGUACAAUGAGAUGGAAAACGAAGGAUACCGUCGAUGUAUCGGAGCUAUAUCAGGAUAUAGAUUUCAGCGACAGCAUAGAGUAUCUAUCAAAUGCCGGUAUCGUAGCUGUUGGGGAAAUAGAAGUCUCCAACCAAGAGUUAAAUGAUGAGGUUGUUUUAUAUUUGAAACAAAAAGGGGAGAAAGGUGCAACAUAUGCUGAGCUCCAGGCGUUUGUCCGAAUUGCACCUGAGACUCUUGAAGAAAGAUUACUGCAACUUCAGGCGGAAAAAAUUAUAAAAAGAGUUGGAUUUUAUGAAAAUGUUAUAAUAUUAACUGGAUAUUUUUCAUCAUGGUCGACAAAGAUUGAUGAUAAAUAUGUGAUAAGUACUCCUUGGCUAAAACUAACCUCAGGAAUAAAGCAUAACGUAUUUUUACAAUGGGCCAGCGUAGUAAUGAACGCUAUAUUUGAAAAACCAGUGAAGGGGGAUUUUAUAUUUGUCAGGCUGGAGAACGAGGAAUAUUUUGUAAAAAAGCCGCCAGUGGCGCGCUUCAACAACCGGCGUAAGUCGGUGUUUGCUGAGACUUAUGAUCCUGAGGAAGAUGAUUCAGACGAAGGUGCUCCCGCUGUGUUCCCCAAGUCGGAUGCUCAGCGUGCGCGGCUCGCUGAAGCUGUGCGCAGUAUCUUGCUAUUCCGAUCGCUGGACGUGCAGCAGAUGCAGCAGGUAUUAGACGCUAUGUUCGAAAAGCGUACGGAGCCCGGCGAGUAUGUGAUUCGACAGGGUGAUGAUGGGGACAACUUCUACGUCAUUGAAAAUGGCGUUUUCGAUGUGCUCGUCAUUGGAGAUGAUCGCCUUGAAAAGGUGGUUCAUACUUACGAAGGCUCUGGAUCGUUCGGUGAACUGGCUCUCAUGUACAACAUGCCGCGCGCAGCUUCGGUGCGCGCUCAGACUGCAGGCGCGCUGUGGGCUAUGGACCGCCACACUUUCCGACGCAUCCUCCUCAAGAGCGCCUUCAAGAAGCGCAAGUUGUACGAAGAUCUCCUCGAAAAAGUGCCCAUGCUAAAGGCGCUCCAAGCGUACGAGCGCGCUAAUCUGGCUGAUGCCCUGCUGCCGCGUACGCUGAUCGACGGCGAGCUGAUCAUUCGGCAGGGCGACACUGCCGACGGCAUGUACUUCGUCGAAGACGGUUCUGUCAGCAUCCGCAUCACACGCGACGAUGGAAAUGAGCAUGAGAUCAAGCGCCUCGAAGCAGGAGGGUAUUUCGGUGAGUUGGCGCUGGUUACCCACAAGCCACGUGCCGCUUCUGCUUACGCUGUAGGACCUACUAAGGUGGCUUUCUUGGACGUGGAGACUUUCGAGCGCCUGCUGGGUCCUUGCAUGGAGAUUAUGAAGCGCAACAUCGACGACUACGAGGAGCAGCUCGUCAAGUUGUUCGGCGACAAGAGCAACCUCACCGACGUGCGAUGA